CCGAUAUUUGUACUAAAAUGGUGGUGAGAUAGCUACGCACAUGGCAUAUCCUUGUCUAUCCGUCCCACUAACCAAACGACCCGUAAUAAGUCUCAUCCUCUCCCCUUUUUUUUAAGGUAAUGAUAUCCUACGAUCAGUUAUUUUUUAAAUCGAAGAAAACAAUUUAUGUGUUUUAUUUAGCGAUAUCUUGUAUUAUUUUUGAUCUCCUAAGGAAGAAACUGUAUAGCUAAACAAUAUUUGUAAUGGACCAUGAAAUCGACCGCUUCUCUUAAAGUUUAUUACCCUAUGGCCUAUGCAAGUGAUCUUUAAAUAAAUAUACACCAGAAGUGGAUCUUUUUUUUAUUUUUUAUUUUUUUGGGCAAUGGAUGAAACACCAAACUCUAAAAACACAGAAGAAAUAGUAACAUUUGGCUCUUAUAAACUGUCUCAGCAAAAGCUAUUAAGUUCGACCGAACUCGUAGCUGAGUUUCUACCUCCGCUCCUGAUAAAGUGGACAUUUCUUCCAAAAAGUUUAUUACUUUAUGCAAGUAAUAGGUAAACUAAAAUUACAACCAUAAGUGGAUAAUUUUUUAUUUUUAUUUUUUUUUGGGGAAUGGAUAAACCACCAAACUCUAAAAAAACAUAGGACAUUAAUAUUAUUUGGCUCUAAUAGUAGGAAACUCACCAACCAUUCUUGUUUUUAUAAUGUCUCCGCACUGCUCGCAAAACCAUUUAAGCCAAACUACAUUAAAAAACUUUCCUAAUCCAAAGAGAAACACAGAGAGAAAGAGAUGUACAGAGAGUCGGAGAAAAAACAGAUAUGUAUAUAGAUAGAGAUUAAUAAAAGAAAAAAACAAAAAAAAAAUUACUACUAUUAUCCAUUUUAUCAAACACCUUUUGUGCUAUCUAUCAUAGACAUUUUAUCAAAUACCUUGAGCACAAUCAUACGCAUUUUAUCAAACACCUAUAGCAUAAUCUAUCCUAGAUAAUUUAUCAAACACCUUUUACACGAUCUAUCAUACGCAUUUAAUCAAACACCUUUCUUGCAAAGUGCAAUAUAUCAUACACAUUUUAUCAAACACCUUUCCAUGCAAUUUAUCACACACAUUUUAUCAAACACUUCACGAGCGUAAACUAUCUUAGGCAUUUUAUCAAACACCUUUCCGCCAAUCUAUCAUACGCAUUUUAUCAAACACCUUUCAAGCAAUCUAUCGUACACAUUUUAUCAAACACCUUCCCGGCAAUCUAUCAUACGCAUUUUAUCAAACACCUUUCCGCCAAUCUAUCAUACGCAUUUUAUCAAACACCUUUCAAGCAAUCUAUCACACACAUUUCAUCAAACACAUUUCGUGCAUACCUGGUAAAUAUGAAGUUUUUUAUUGAAUUGGUGGCCUGCUGUGGCUGUUCAUCAAAUCGCGCUCAUCGUCCUGCAGAGGAUGAGGAAAUCCUUGUUACUGCAGAUGCUGAAGCGUCAUUUGAUCAUAAUAACAACAUCAUUACGUAUAAAAAGAGACGGCGAAGGAGACGAACGUUAGCGAGAUCUGCUGGUUCAUUACCUGAAUGGAAACCGUCACUUUCAUCCAUAUCUGAAGAUGGAAUUGCAGCUAAUUCCAGCAGGAAUUUGAAGAAGAAGAAGGUCUCUGUCAAUCAACUCCAUCAUCAUCGUCGUCCCCAGAAACCCAGGAUAGCUUGCCUUGCUCAAAUGGUUCCAGCACCUUUCUUGAUUUGAUAUUGGAUUAAUCGAACCUCUUUCCAGUUUCCAAUUACCCUCCGGCUCUCUAUUGUGUAAAAUAAUUAAAACUUUGUAUAUAUCGCGUAAACCUUUUUUUUUUUUGCUUUCCUUUUUUCAUUUCAUUUCAAUUUCCAUUAUCUUCUCUCUCUAUCUGUAUUAAUACAAUGACUGUGAUAUUUGCAAAAAAAUAAAAUAAAAAAAUAGAUAAUUAAAAGCUAUAUUAAGUUAUAA